AUGUCUCAGCAGAUACAGAAAACUACUGCAAGUGGCAAAGGGAUCCUGUCCAACCCCAAGCUCGUACUGGUUCACAGGAGUUUGAACGUGGUGAUGAACCAGAACGUGACCCUCUGCUGCUGCUCUGCCUCUGGAUCUCCACCUGUCAGAUACACCUUGUUCAAACACAACCAGCAGGUAUCCUCUUUGAACAGGUCAGACUCGACCCCUGCAUUGUUUACCUUGACAAUCAGCUCUGCCAGCGACCUGGGUCCCUACAAAUGCAAAGCUGAGCACAACACCUCCAGUGAUGGAAAAUACAGCAACAGCCUCAACUUCACCCUUAUAGAGCCAAUUUCCAAACCAGUGCUGAGCUCACCCACCUCUCACACAACGAAAGGCCAGAACGUGACCCUGUCUUGUUUCUCCGAGAAUGGAUCUCUUCCCAUCACUUACAUAUUCUUCAAGGGAAAACAAAGUAUCUCUCCCCCAGUGAUGAUGCAUGAGAGGGAAGCAGCUGUGAUUUUUCUAUUUGUCAAUUCCUCUACUGACUCUGGAACCUAUAAAUGCAAAGCUAAUAAUAGUUUUCCCAAUAGUAUGAAAUACAGCAACAGUUUCAACUUCACAUUAGCAGAAGAGAGAAGCCAUUCUCAGGGCCUGAUAAUUUCUCUUGGGCUGAUCCUGCUACUACUCGUAAUAGGAUUUGCUCUGGCAAUUCCAUUUUUCAUAAUUCCUUCAUAUAAAGCAAAAAAAUAUAAGUCUACCAGGCCCUCAACUGGCUUUACAUCAACAGUGAAUGUGGAGGAGACUGAAAAUGAUGUCAUCUAUGCAGAGAUUGAGCCUGUUAAGCCAGAAGAAGAAUACAUCAAUUUUUCUGUUAUUAGAAGAGAAGAUGAAAAAGCAGGGAAGAGGGAAUGUACUACAGUCUAUUCAAAGGUCCUCAUCAGAAACUGA